UUGGGUCAGGCCUGUGAUUGGACUGCAGAGUCCACUAGGGAGAAAGAAAGCAAAAGGAAAAAAGAAAGAGCUGGGGAGAGGGGAGAAGCCCUCCUCGCCCCCACCCCAGUGAACACUCACCCGGGCCUGGAAUAGGGUACCACCACUAGGCUUGGGAGGGCCAGUGUGUGUCAAAGGUGAUGCCCACGGAUGGACCGAGGGAGCUCUCUACCCCAAGUCGGCCUGCAAGGCCUCCAGGGACCAGCUUGCCAACAGCUGGACUUGAUCACCAGCUUGCAAAGUGAGAUCACGCAUCUGGUAGAAUAACAAGCGGACUCUGCUCUCCGGCAGUUUUUAGAGGAUUUGUUACGGCAGCGUCUAGAAAGCAGGAGACCACCACUUGGACACUGGAGUCUUCUUCAAGAAGCACAGCCUAGAAGAUUCCACCUUGAGUGGUUUCCAGGAUGAUGCUGUCCCUUCAGCGAGCUUCUGCCUUCCUGAUUCUGUUCCUCGUGGCUUUUUUGCCCCCGCCACAGUGUGCCCAGGACCCAGGCAUGGUGCACUACAUCUACCAGCGCUUCCGAGUCUUGGAGCAAGGACUGGAAAAAUGUACUGAAGCAACGAGGGCAUACAUUCAAGACUUCCAAGAGUUCUCCAAGAAUAUAUCUGCUCUGCUGGGAAGGUGUCAGACCUACACGAGUGAGUAUAAGAGUGCGGUGCAUAACCUGGCACUGAGAGUUGAGCGUGCCCAACGGGAGGUUGACUACCUAGAGUACCUGCGGGAAGAGGACGGGUGCAGAGAGUCAGAGGACAAGACGCUGGCAGAAGAGCUAGUCCAAGAAGCUGAAGAAGAGAAAAUGAUCCGGACUCUCCUGAAUGCAAGCUGUGACAACAUGCUGAUGGGCAUAAAGUCUCUGAAAAUAGUGAAGAAGACUACGGACACAGAUGGCUCCUGGAUGAAAGAUGCUGUCAGCGACUCUCCAAAGGUUUAUUUCUUCAUUGGAUCCAGAGGCAACACUUUUUGGGAAUUUGCAAACAUACGGGCAUUCGUGGAGGACAGCACCAAGCCAGCCCCCCGGAAGCUAAUCCUAACACAAUCCUGGCAGGGAACAGGCCAAGUGAUCUACAAAGGUUUUCUAUUUUUUCACAACCAAGGGACUCCCAAUGAGAUAAUCAAAUAUAAUCUGCAGAAGAGGACAGUGGAAGAUCGAAUGCUGCUCCCAGGAGGGGCAGGCCGAGCACUGGUUUACCAGCACUCCCCCUCGACUUACAUUGACCUGGCUGUGGAUGAGCAUGGGCUCUGGGCCAUCCACUCAGGGCCAGGCAUCCAAGGGCAUUUGGUUAUCACAAAAAUUGAGCCUGGCACACUGGGAGUGGAACACUCAUGGGACACUCCAUGCAGAAGCCAGGAUGCCGAAGCCUCAUUCCUCUUGUGUGGGGUUCUCUAUGUGGUUUAUAGUUCUGGUGGCCACGGCCCCCAUCGCAUCAACUGUGUCUAUGAUCCACUGGGCACUAUCAGUGAGGAGGAUCUGCCCAAAUUGUUCUUCCCCAGGCGGCCGAGAAGUCACUCCAUGAUCCAUUACAACCCCAGAGAUAAGCAGCUCUAUGCCUGGAAUGAUGGAAACCAGAUCAUUUACAAAGUCCAGACAAAGAGAAAGCAGCCUCUGGAGUAAUGCCUUACAGCUGAGAUGGACAGCACCACGGCCACGGAUGCUGCUUUCCAGGACAUUGAGGCCACAACCUUUUUGCAAUAUAGUGUCCCUCCAAUCACAUACAAGGAUAGGGUCCAGAAGUGGGAAUGCAUAUGCAUCCUUUCCCAGAUGUUAUGGCCUUAGGGAUCUUCCAAAAGCUUAGAUGAGAGUCUAUCAUUCAGAAAUUUUUCAACAACUUCCAUUAACCAUCCAAACCUCCUGGCUCUCAAGGCCUUCCACAUUCUGAUCCUGUUACUUCCAGCCUUUUCUUUUACUAGCGUUUACUUUAACUCUCGCCCUUCUUUAGCAAUUAGAAAUGUAGACCAGCCCCUAAUACUCCUGGGUUUUCUCUCCUCUGGCCUUUUUGCUGAAGCUCUUUCUUCUUUCACAAAUGCUUAUUGAUAUUCUUCCAUUUUUCUUUGCCCAACGAAAGUACUAUUUCUUAUUGAUGUUUAAGCUCCAUUUCCCCUAGCUUUGCCCCUCCGCCAAGGUAGGUAGAUAAAAUAAUAACAUAGGAACGUUACCAGUUGAACACCACUUUCCAGUUACAAAGUGUUUGCCCCCACAUCACGGCAUUUAAUUCUCAUCUCACUCAUGUGAGAUAUGCAGAACAAUUCUUUAUAAUUCCCAUUUAAAGAUGAGGAGAGUUUAGAUGAGCCAUUCAAAGUAACAGCUACAAAAUGAAAGAUGGAACUAGAAAAUACUGCAAAGCUCAUAGUCUUCCCAUUGCCCAAUGAAGUAUCAAAUUUGUAUAUUUCUUUGUUCAACCUUUUACAAGCAAUACGUUCAUUAUUUCAGGCUAAAAAUAAUGAUCUGUCCUUUUCGCCUGUUUUCAUGUCUGCACAAGACCUUUGAAAAGGCCUUUCAAAAGCUACUUCUUCCAGAAAACCAGCCUAAGCGUGAAGACCCCACCUCUACCCUCAUCUUGUCUUACUUUCCCCCGCUUUUCUUCUUCCUUGAAAUACAAUAAAACUGACACUCAGCAAAUAAACCUCAGCAGGUUAUAUUUGCCUAGAAACCCUCAGCAUCGAUGUUUCAGGGAGAGCUGCCUAUGCUUGGGUUUACUGUGAACCAUUCCCAACACACAGAGGCCCCUGGUAAAUAUUCUGGAAUCUGGAUGGAAGCCAGAUAGCAGGCAAGUGACUCCCUGCCACGGCAGGCGUGCCAUGUGGCGCAGGGGACAGAAGGCAGCUGUGCCUGUCCAGAGGGGCUUCUUCAAAAUCUUUCCCACGCGUCUGUUUAAUCAGCCUGUUUGGGUCACAAGUGCAGGCUGUGGUGCCAGUCUGUAUCAUGUGCCAAGGCCUCUGUCCUUCCAGGUUGGUCACAUGAGAGGGUUUGCUUUGUGCAUUUGCAGCUGUUUUCGCAACUCUGCCAAGCCCAGCCUGGGACCACAGGCAGUGAAGAGAGUUCGUUUGUUUUUUCCCCGUAGCAUUUGAGUAGAUCUUUGGCAGAAUGGAAUUACUCACCCCGUGGAUACAGCACAAUUGCCCACAGUUCUAAUAAAGUGAUACGGAAAGCCCAAGUCCGUUGUGGAAUGAGGCAGGUAUGAAUAAAUAAACAUGGUGAUAUUACCCACUUCA